CAUCUCUCCAGCCCGACAAAGAUGAUCUUAUCUCUGAUGUUGGUAAAUGCAGUCCUAAUCAAUGGUGUAGCAGUAUGGUGGCCAGUGAAUCUAAUUUUAGCAUUGGAGGGUAAGGAUGAUCUGAGCCACCCAAUGGAGUUCCUGGAUGAAAUUAGAUGAAAACUGACGGUAAAUAUCUAGGGAAGUAAUCAGUCCUGCCACUGAAGUUGCAAGCCAGUGGUUAUUCCCAGGACUGAGAGAAAGGGUAGGACCUGAAGUGCUCAUUUGUUAUACCAUGCAUCUAUAAACCACGUGAUGAGAAUCAGCAAGGAUUCUUCACCAGGUAGCACUCCUAAUUUUGGAAAGAGGAACAUGAGGGUACAAGUCUCAGAAAACCCAGCAGGUAAGCAGUGGUAAACCUGAGUGCUCAGAGGAUAGAGGUGUAAUGAAUGUUCAGAUAUAAGGAUGGCUCGCAGUGCUCAAAAGUCAAAGUAUUCUUACAGUCUGAGAGUUCUAGUGUGCCCAUAAAUUGUGUCCCUGAGAGUCUGCAGUACUCGAGAAAGAUAUGGGAAAGAUAGAGCAUGGUACUGAUAAUAGGUUCAGAACAAUUAAUGAGAGGUGAGAUGACCAUCUGAUAGUUCAGUUGUGAGUCUAUGAAAGGUGAUCAUGAAUUUGACCCCGAGGGACACAGAGCCAGCCCUUUCUGAAGCAGGCAAGCAGAGUAUUAUUUGGUAGCUGAUAUGCAAUUACAGUAGCUCAGGUUUGUCAUGGGAUUUGCAGGACUGAUAUGGGUAACAUCUUUAAAUUUCUGGUCACUUUUUACAGUAGUCUUCCCUUUUGUAAUAAAGAAAAGCAACAGAGAGGUUAAGCCUCAGUGAAGGAAAAUCGGAUAAGGGAGUGGUAAGGGACCGAGUCAAUUUGUCUUUGACAACCUGAUGCGGUGCAUAUUCUUGACACCGUUAAGUAGAGGUAGGGCCCUCUUAUAUAUUAAACAUCUGUAAGUAAUAGCAGGUGUAGACAGGAAGAAAUAGAGGAGGAGAGAGGAAGUUGAGACAAAAAAGAUUUUCAUAUCAUUUGUGCAUUGGCAGAAGUUGUCACCAUUGAAAAUCCAGCAUGUCAAUUUUGACUAUUGAACUGUACUGAGACCAAGUUGUUUGAAGUAACAGAGCAAAACUUUAAUGAUAAUGAAAUCUGAGUCCCCGAAGGAAGAUAGGUAGGGUUGCAAAAACUUCACCCAAAGGAGUUUCUGCCUGCUUUGGCAAGAGAAAAACCCAGAAGGGCAUAGAUAAGCUGUGAGACUUCCAGGAUGGAGCUGAGAGACAAGAGGGACAAGAUCACAGAGGCUUAAGGAAGUUGUGCAGCUUAACAGGCUUCUCCUUGGGGGACAAGCUAAGGAAAUAAGGUUGUUGGCUCCAAUAGAGGGAGAGGAGCAAAUGUCUUAAUAACUAGAGAGCUGUCCAUAUGGUAAGGCUCCAGAGGGCAUAGCAGGCUCCUGAAGCAAGCAAGAAGCCACUUACUUAGUAGGUGAUGAGAGAUGGAGGAUGGGUCAGGUGGAGGGAAUAGGCACAUGAUGAGGCUGACUCUAGAAUUUGGAAAUGAAUAUGAUGGGUGACCGAAGUCAGCAGAAACAGAUGGUUUGUUCAUACACACCUCAAGACAGUCAGUUUGAGAUGUUGAGACACGGCAUGGCUAAAAGUUCAGUGUGGCAGCUUCUACCUGUGCUACAUGAAGACAGAACUCUGAAAGGAAGUAUUAUUUGCAGACAUUUGUUUGUUAGAAGGUGGGACAGGGAGUGAGAAGAGAAGACAGCAAUAGGUAAACCAAAGUUUAGCUUCUUUCAUUUGUUUAAAAGAAGUUAAGCUAUGGCAAGGGAAUUCUUUUUAUAUAGGAGUGCAUAAAGGUGUAGCUUGACUACUAUAUUAAAGAAACAUUGUUUUUAAUUCUGUCUUUGGUAAAUGGAAUCCAAUGACUAGAAAGUCCAGAGAUAAAUUUUGCACUCUAUCAGAGCAGGCAUAGCGAGCAGCAUUAGUGGGGGCAUCUUGAUGUUAACAGUGGCAAAUAAUGCAAAAUAAAACCAAUAAACACAGAACAAUGACUGCUCACAUACUUAAAGAAGACCAGUGAUAAAUAAAACAUGCAGUGGCCACUGUCAUACAUUCAACUUUUACUGAACAAUUUCCGUCUCUGCUCCUACGUUUAUAAAGAAACUUAGAGAUACUUCAGAAAACCUAGACCCAUCUGCCUGCAGAAACAGACAGACAAAACUUUCCAGACAACCAGAAUCAGGCAAGUAGGCUAUAUUUUGCCUUUUCCCCUUGAUGGGUGUGAAAGGAUUUGGAACUGGAGGAGAGGUGGGUGAAUGAUGUUUGGCUGUCGAGGGAUUUUUGGUGGCCCAUUCUCAGGAAUCCACCUGGGAAGCCAGCUAGUAAGGGAAAAGUUGUAUCAGGUUGUGUGGUUUGGAGGAGGAGAAUGGUGAGGCUGUGGUCAAGCAGAUAGAGGGAGAAAACAAAUAGAAAUUCCUACGUUGACUAGGAAAUUCCUUCUCAGAAAAGGUGAUGGAGCAGCUUGUUAAUACAAGGAAAUUGUGGGUAAGGGGAAUAAUCCUAAAAAUAUAGGAUAAGACUGGUAAGACUGUUCCCCUAUCCCAGGAAUAGAGAGGAGAUAUGGGUUCCCAAAAUUCCAUCAGUACCAAAACCGUGGCUCUGAAGGAAGAGAUGGAUUGCCCAGAUGUCAUAAUGGCUACCCAAGGCUCCCUGUUGGUGAUAGUAUUGUUGGGUGAAGGGAUUCAGGGGCCAACUCAGUCAACUAUGGCCAGACAUAAGAGAGAUUAGCUGAAGGGUGAUCUGGACUUGUCCUCACAUGAUGAAGGACUUGAGGACAGUAAUCGAACCUGUUAAUGGCAUUAUGGGAAUGGUUAGAAUGGUGUAUGAGGGUUUGAACAGACCCAGAUCCAGUGACUCUCCUGACCACAUCUGGAAGGGACCUUGAAGUUCCUGGGCUUUCUGUGCCUGGGCAACUGCUAUUGGUGGCUGAAAGCCCUUACCCCCAGCCCCAGGUGGAAGAAGUAGCGGUGUAGGUCCCCAAGGUCUCUUCUAUUUGAGAGAGUUUCCAUAACGAGAAGGGGAUAUGUACUCUGAAAAGGCCAUCAGCCAGGCAACCUCCUACAAAGGUAUCCCCAGGACUCAAGGAAGACCUGAGCCAUUCAAUGUGUCCUUACUGCAUUCAGCAGGGGUCAUGGGCCUAGUCUGGCUAAGCUGAAAGAGAGAACUGGCACCUGGUACCAAGACUUUCCAGAAAGCAAGGAGUGCAUAAGGUGAAAUUUCAACAAGGAUUCCCAUCUUUUUUCCGGACACAGAUACUCAGAGGAGACCAACAAGAAUGAGUGUUUUUCAGGUAAAUGCUCCUGAGACUCUGUUAACAUUCAGGGAUGUGGCUGUGGAUCUCUCGCAGGAGGAAUGGGAAUGUCUAGAUCGUGCUCAGAGGGCAUUGUACUUGGAUGUUAUGUUGGAGAAUUAUAACAAUCUAGUCUUUGUAGGCAACCAUUGCAUAUGUUAUAAUUAUGAGAAAGUCUUGGAUCAAAGCUCAGAGCACAUUGUCUAUCAGCAUGUAUAUACCAAAGAGAAUCCUUAUAAAUACAAUGAGCCUGACAAAGGAAUUCAUAAAUUCUCCAAGUAUAAUCAUAAUGCUAGGGAUAGAACAAAAAUCUGCAACAAGUACAUAUUUGGUAACCACCGAGACUCUUCUGUUGAAUCAUUACACUUAUACAGCCAUAAAUGUGGAAACCCUGAAGAAGAAGCUUGCAAAAUUAAUGACUGUGUAAACUGUUUAAAUUUGUGUUUCAUCAUUAGUCAGAAUCAAAGAGUACACAAAGAACACAAAAAUACAGAGAAUGAUAAAUUUUUUGACCCUAAGCAUGAACUCAUGUUAGAAAGAACGAAUAGUGCGAAGAAACCCCACCAAAGCCAUAAAUGUGGAAAAUGCUUCAAGACAGACUCAAGCCUUAGUAGAUAUCAGAGAGGUCAUAAUAAACAGAAAUUCUGUAAAUGUACACAAUGUAGUAAAUCCUUUCUACAUUUGUCACAAAUCAAAGUACACUGCAAGGUCCAUUGUGGAGAAAAAACCUACAGUACAGAGUGUCCUAAGUGCUUCUCUCAUACCUCAGAAUUUAAAAGACAUUUUAGAUUGCAUUCUGGAGAGAAUACCUACGAAUAUAGUGAAUGUGACAAAUCCUCUAUCAGUACCUCAGAACAUAGAAUGCACCCGAAAGUUCUUACUGGAGAGAAACCUUACCGAUGUAGUGAAUGUCACAAAUCCUUUACCAAGAAAGACCAUCUUAGAACUCAUCAGAGAAUUCAUAAACAAAAGGAUCCAUAUAAAUGUAAUGAAUGUCACAAAUCCUUUACCCAGAAAAGCAGUCUUAGAACACAUCAGAGAAUUCAUAUAGGAAAGAAGCCUUAUAAAUGUAGUGAAUGUGACAAAUCCUUUACCCAGAGAGGCCAUCUUACUAAUCAUCAGAGAGUCCAUACAGGAGAGAAACCUUACAAAUGUAAUGAAUGUGACAAAUCCUUUACCAAGAAAGACCAUCUUAGAAUUCAUUACAGAAUUCAUACUGGAGAGAAACCGUAUAAAUGUAAUGAAUGUGAGAAGUCCUUUACUCAGAAGAGCAGUCUUAGAACUCAUCAGAGACUUCAUAUGGGAGAGAAACCUUACAAAUGUAGUGAAUGUGAUACAUGCUUUACCCAGAUAGGCCACCUUAGAAUUCAUCAGAGAAUUCAUACAGGAGUGAAACCUUACAAAUGUAAUGAAUGUGACAAAUCCUUUACCACGAAAGACCACCUUAGAAUUCAUCAAAGACUUCAUACAGGAGAGAAACCUUAUAAAUGUAGUGAAUGUUACAAAUCAUUUAUCAGUUGCUCAAAUCUUAGAAAACAUCAGCGAAUUCAUAUAGAAGAGAAACCUUACAAAUAUAGUCAAUGCAAAAACUCAUUUCCCACAGAAAUCACCCAGAGAGCAAAUCAAAGAAUUUAUACAGGAGAGGAACGUGAUAAUGUAAUAUAUGAGGAAAACCCUUUUUUGUCUCUCAAGUCUACAGAAACAUCUGAAAAUUCACACAGGGGAGAAAAGUUUCCAUAGCAAAUAUUGUGGCAUAAUCUUUGUACUCUGACUCAGCAAAACCUGAAGGAUGUACUGGUAUAUGGCAAUUUCUUGGAGUCUGUAUUGAUCCAUAUUGGAUGAGAGCUGACUAAGACAGGAAAUAUACACCUCAAAAUAACUUCAAGAAAUUGCUGAAGCUGACAGGAUUCAGUAUGUUUUACUCAAAUGGAAAAGCUCAGAUCAUACUGCUCAAAUUUGAUAAAAUGAUUCACCAAGAUAGUAUGCUCUUUAAUGUGAAGAAAUGCCUACAGGUGUACAGUGUGCUCCAGGUGUCCUGAAUUUAUAUGCUGUAUCCCAUGCUGAUUUGGAGCUUCAUGAUUACAGCUGUCUUUGAGUCCCCUGUGCUUCAGUAAACAUCACUUUCUCAUAUUCCUCUAACCCCAAAAUAAAGCUGAUUGGUUCAACAA